UUGAUUAUUUCCAAAUGUACAAGUGCCGUUCCAUGGCCAUAAUGAAAAAUCUGAAUAUUAUUAUUUUAAUCUUUGUGGCAAUUGCUCUGAAUAUUUCAAAGGCUCUACUCAAAGAUGAAAUGAAGGCAGCUGCUUCCACAUGUCGUAAAGAGUUCCCCAAUGUCAAAACAGAUAUUGACGAUAUAUUCCACGGCAAAAUUCGCGAAAAAUAUGAUGAUGAUGAGUUCAAGUGUCUUGUAAAGUGCAUGAUGGAAAGACAAGGAUCAUUUGUUAAUGGCACGCUUCAAAGGACAUCAUUGCUUAAAUAUGCCAAAAAAGAUCCUUUGUUUAAUGACUAUCCACCUGAGUUGCUAGAAACGAUUGAAAAAUGUUCCCUCAUGAAGGGUGCAAAUGAUUGUGAGACUGCUUUUAAAAUGAUUGCCUGUCUGAUAUAACGGGAUUCGGAAUGACGCAUUACAUUAAAA